AUGGAAUCAGAAAGCAAAGCGAUCCAUCAAGAUAUUGAAGCGCUCGCACGAGUAUACUAUCACGACACGGAUGUUUCAGAUAUUGUUAAAAGUUUGAAGGAGGUUCAUAGUCGCUUGGUUACACAAACUCGAGGGAGAUUGCAUGAGCCUGCUGGAAAUUUGGUAAUGAUCACUCCUGGCUUGCCGGCCCAGUUAGACUCAACCACUGCAGACAUACAGCUUGACAAAGAAUCCACGAAAAUUCAAAUGGGAAGCCCCAAGAGCAAGGGGAAAGAAAGAUUGACGGAAGAGAUGGAAACUGGCCAACCUUCAGAAUCGCUUGACCAUCGACUUUGCAGUGUGAAACCUAAAAAAUCGGAGCCAUUCUCAUUCGAAGAUGUGUGGACUGCCCUAGAAAAAUGGCUGACUAAGCCACAUGACACAUUGCAACAAACGUUCAGGGGAAAGCUUAAAUUUUCAAACCAGAGGUUCUUCCGCAAAUGA